AGACGAAAUGACUCCUAUUCGCGAUUGAAAGAUACCAAUUUGCUGCUGUCAUAUUAAAAUUGUCUGCAUGUUCAGUUGACUAGCUCAGUUAGUUAGGCCAGUACGUUUGACCUAUUUGUGCACGAAAGUUGGGAAGGAAAAUGGCAAUAUCCAUCACCGCUCCUCGUGAAAGACGAGUUUGUGAUGAAUUUACAGAACCUCAACGAUUAGUAACACCAGGAGCAACCAUUACAGCCGACACAGAUUUUAUGAGGGGCCAUGGAACUUAUAUGGAAGAAGAUGAACUUAUAGCAUCUGUGGCAGGAGUGGUAGAGACUGUAAACAAACUCAUCAGUGUCCGGCCUCUCAAAACAAGAUACAAUGGAGAAGUCGGUGAUGUCAUCGUUGGAAGAAUACAGGAGGUCGGACAGAAGAGAUGGAAAGUAGAUGUCAAUUCCCGUCUUAAUGCCAUCUUGAUGCUAUCUGCCGUCAACCUUCCUGGAGGAGAGCUCAGGAAGAGAUCGGCUGAGGAUGAACUAAAGAUGCGUCAAUACCUCACUGAGGGAGAUCUUAUUAGCGCUGAGGUCCAGUCUGUAUUUUCAGAUGGUGCCCUCUCACUGCACACAAGGAGUCUCAAGUAUGGGAAGCUGGGACAGGGUAUCAUGGUGCGAGUGUCGCCCUCUCUCAUCAAGAGACGGAAAACUCACUUCCACAACCUGACCUGCGGAGCUUCCAUCAUCUUGGGUAACAAUGGCUAUGUCUGGAUCAGUAGGACACCAACAGAAGAGGAGGAAGCACCAGAUGGGGGCUUCAUUCAAAAUCUUGAACCCGUCCUUGAUGAGGACCGGAGGGUGUUGGCACGGUUACGGAACUGCGUCUUAGGUCUGGCUGAUCACAGGAUGAUGUUGUAUGACACCAGUGUCAUCUAUACCUAUAAUGCCUCAGAGGAAUAUCCAGUUGCCGAUCUGCUGAACCCUGACGUCAUGAAAGAAGUCAUACUCUUGGUACGACAGAAGCUGAGUCAAGAAGCAACGUAACAGAUCCUUCAAGAACAUUCCAUGGCUCAGGCAUGUGCUUUGAUUAGAUUCUCCUGGCAGAGGCCUUCUACAUGUACAUCGCAUGGUCUGACCAGAGACUCGGUCGAACCCUGCUACCAUAUGAUCUGUCACUAAAGUAAAACGUAUAAGACAUGAAAAAGUUUCCAGGGUCAGACGCAAAAAUUGAUAAGGUUCUCCUGGCAGAAACCAUCUACAUGUACAUCGCAUAGUCUGACCAGAGACUAGGUUUAACUCUUCUUCUGUGCGGUCUGUCACCAAGUGAAUCAGAUAACACAUGAAAAAAAAAGGCUCCAGGGUCAGAUGCAAGGAUUGACAAGAUUCUCCUGGCAGAAUCCUGGAGAGUUUAUCAUGAAGUGUCUUGUCAGUGAUUUUCACUGGCAAAUUUGCUCUGAGCCAAUCAGAUUCAAGGAUUUCAGUAGCUGAUAACAAAAAGUCUGUGAAAAUCACUAACGAUCUAUUUCAUGAAAUGCCCUAGGGUAGGUUGCAUCAUGAUUCAUUGAUCGGAGACAAUUCUCCUCUCUUGUGGCUAGCCACUACAAAGCGAAGUAAAGAGGAACAGGCAUAUCAAAGGGAGGAAUGGAGAAAGUGUACAUAUAUGUGGGCAUGUGGCUGUAAUUUAACUACUGGUAAACCUUCUCAAAGAAAUAAGCAAGAACCAGAACCUGAUCUGACCAUUAGCCAGCCAUUGUCUCAUGUUCUUGGUGGACUCAAUUUUUUUUUAAAUUACAUUGAAUCAGAUUCCAACAAAGAGCACCUGGAACAAACGUUCAGUUUUGGUGCUUCAUUGAAUAUAUUUGAGCAUGAUCAUGAUUUUAAUGCAAGAAGUGGAAUUAGUAUAUAACUCUGAUAUAUUUUCACACCGAUUGUAUCAAUACAAUUUCAUAGAAUAGUAUCAUCGAUGAUGCAUGUGACACUGUGCUGAUUUUGGUCACAGAAACACAUUUGAUUUACCAGAUUGUGACUUACUGGGGAUGGGGGCUACCAUCCCCUCGCCCCCUCCCCAAGUCAGAGAGGUGCUUGAAAUAGUCCAGUACAGAACACAAAUGAAAAUCUGAUUAACAAUCAAAAUUUCAUGAAUAAUGGUGUCGUGCCAUUUUCAACAGGAAAUCUCAAAUGGUGUCCUUGAUGUCUCUGUUGCAGUACUGGUAUAAUUUAUUGCUGCUGUGCUGAUGAAACCUUGUAUCUCAAAAUUUAAAUAUUUUGAUGACAGCUCAGAAUAAGCUAGAUUUUUAGAGUUAUAACACAGGUAGCAACCUUCUUUUGCCUCAAAAGAGUUCUUGUAUCAGGAGAAUGUUUUCGGGCAAUAUGAGACUGAUAUUGCUAUAUUUUUAAAAUUCAGCCUUUUCUAAGCUGUCCUCAAAAUUUCUACAAGGUUGUCUUGGCCCAGCAGCGUUAUAUCAUAUAAAGGAGACUGUAGAUAGGAUGGUUCAUUGAAUAUUAUAAUGCAAGUACUAGAGAAUGAGCUAUAUGGUUGUCUAGGAUGAUCAAGUGAUAGUAAUAUGCAUGAGUGGUGAUGAGAUUACCACCUGUUUAUAGCAACCAAGGGAUAACAUAGAAGGAUAAUGAAUAACAUUAUGCCUUAAUUGAUCAGCUUAUAAUCUUCAAAUUCCUUCUUUGCCACAUUUUUAUUGUUAUAUUUUAUGUGUAUUGGGAAUAUACAGAUUGAUAAUCAAUAUUUUACAAGUUUAAAAUUUAUUAAUUUGAAUGUGAAAAGGUGACUUUAAAACUUUGGUUUCAAUCACAUCGUCAUUUUAAGGAUUUUGGUGAUCAUUUUCUUUUUCUUUUUUUGCGCUAUUGAAGGAAAGGUACUGAUGCAUUAAAAUUGGCCAAGUAUGUUUAUUACUUUUUCUCAUGUGAAUUUCUUUUUUACAAUAUUCCAUAUUCAUACUUGCUUUGUUUUUAAUUCUAAGAUAUCAAAUUUGCUUUACUGUAGUUUUACUUGAUGAUAAAAUCACUGUAUUAUUACAGUCUGCAGAUAAAAAGCACUUACAAGUUGAAAACACUGGUAUGAAGUGUAUGAUUGAGAAUAUUUGUGAUACCAAUUUGCAAAUAAAAUUACUGUAAAAAUACACAAAAACUGCCAA